AUGCUGGUCAAUGGCUUCUCUGGAAAGAACACCAUCUGCUUUGUAUGCUGCAUGGCCCAAGGUUUCAUGGUCUUCACCAUGGGAGCUGUGGAGUUCAUCACCCUCACGAUCAUGUCUUUCGACCGCUACGUAGCCAUCUGCAAACCUUUACAUUAUCAGACCAUUAUGACUAGUGGGCUCUGUCUCAGUCUGUCUUUGCUGGCUUGGUUGGGUGCAUUUGGACUAAUACUGCCUCAAUCAUUAGUAGUGUGGUCUUACCCGUACUGUGGUCGCAAAGUCAUUGACCACUUCUUUUGUGAUGUUGGUCCAGUUUUGCAGUUGGCUUGUGCUGAUACAAGGGUGAUUGAGCUAAUAGGGUUCCUUUACGGUGCCACUAUAAUGUGGGGUUCCUUUGGGGUUUCCCUGGUUUCAUAUGUGCGCAUUAUAUUCACUAUAAUUCGGAUCCCUUCUGCCACCAGGCAGUCCAAAGCCUUUGUCACCUGUGCCUCCCAUCUCGCUGUUGUAACCAUUUUUUAUAUAGUACUUAUGUUUAUGUACCUGAGGCCUUCAACUCAUGGGGACAUCCAACUAAAUAAAAUGUUGUCUCUUGUGCACACAAGUUUCAUCCCCAUGUUAAACCCUUUCAUCUACACCAUCCGGAACACUGAUUUCCAAGCAGCUCUAUGGAAAAUAGUGACAAAAACAAAGAAGAGUUUCUAA